AUGCUGCGUCUAGUGGGCAUAGCAUGCUUAUCAACCUGCCUGAUCGCAUUGAUCUCUUAUGUGUGCAUUUCAAACCCAAAGGUUGAGCUGGUUUCAGCAUACUCUAGAGCUGUCCGGAUCAUUGCAGAAGGGCACCUCCAAGCCAAGCAAGGGCAGUACAGCGAGGCUGCUGCAAGCUUUCUGAAAGCAAAAGAUCUGUGGAAGAGGAGUGGAAAGCCUGGAUGGCAGUCGGCCGAGAGCCUCGCAGACGCUGCGGUAGACAAGAACCCAGCAGCGCUGAAAGAUGGAAUGUGGAUGGUCAGAGCUCUUACCAGACAACAGCAUCAGCAGGAGAGAAGAGGAGGUAAGGUGUUGACCCGGAGGACAGCACCUGCUCCUCGAACUCAGAUGCAUGCGAAGCUAAGUCCCCCCCCACCCGUCCCGUCGGACUCGCGACCUCGUCCGAGCAUCAGGAGUCCAGCAGUGGCGCUGCCAAGGCUGGCGCCUCUUGGACAGCAGCUGGAGGAGAGCUCGAGAGGGAAGCCAGCUGAAGAGGACAUGCCCACGUUCGACAUCAAGACCUCACAGCCGGCUGAUCAGAGCGACUGGACGCUCAAGUGGAACAGGAAGAGCAACCCGGUGGAAGCCGGGAAGAUGGACGACAAGAGGUGGGGCGUAGUGGAGCACCUCUGGCCCAAGGGGAACCCGCAGAAAGAAGUUUUCCCAGAGGUUCCCUACUAUGAGAGGAAGCAAGCUCAAGCCUACCGCUACCCUGCUCCUUCCCGCGCUGUCUCUCCUCCUCAACAAGGCCCGCCUUAUUCUCCUCCUGCCUCCCAGUCUGCUGCAUUCCCGCCGCUCCCUGCAGAGCAGGGCGGGGGUCAAAAUCUCCCUCCACAGUCAGCGCCGUUCUCACCUCAGGUUCCUCCUCAGCAGCCUCAAAAUGCAUCAGUAUCUGUCGACUGCUCGCCUUGUCCACAAGGACAGUAUGAGCUCGCUCCGUGCUCGGCAGUUUCCGACCGCAUCUGUAGCCCUUGCUCGGCAUGUCCUACGGGGUAUUGGAACUCACAGAACUGCUCCAAGAGGAAGGACACGCAAUGCUCGCCAUGCAGCGCUUGUCCUGUCGGCUACUUUGCAAGGCAGACCUGCGGUCGCAGUGCGGAUGUCGCCUGCGCCUCCUGCUCCUCCUGCCAGGUUGGGACCUACAUGACCUCGCCGUGCAGCAGCGAACGAGACACGCAGUGCGCCAACUGCUCGUCCGCCCCCUGCCCGCAGGGCUUCUUUCAAGUAGAAGAGUGCUCCCCCAUGUCAGACAAGAUGUGCAGGUCGUGCAGCAUGUGCGGCAGCACGCAGUACACCCUCGCCUCCUGCACCAGCAUGGAGGACACUGUGUGCGGCGAAUGCUCCAACCUGCCCUGCCCGGAUGGAUACUACAGGGCUGGUUGUGGGUACGGACAGGCAGGAAAGUGUGAGGGUCCGUUGCCGCAUUGGAGCCCUGUGCUCUCCACUCCUCCCCCUCCCCCGCCCCCGAUCCACAAGGCGGCUCCUAUAGAUCUCACAGUCCCAAAGCUUCCUCCUCUGCUUCCUCGUCUCCCAGGACUGAAGUUGAUUUUCCCUGACAACUCCGAUUGGAACGCCAAGAGCACCUAUGACGAAUAUGUCCUCCCUGCUCCUCCAGUCAAAUGGAAGGGAUACCAACCUGGGCAGAGUUUUUCAUCGCGGGGAUGGUCAUGGCUGCCGAAGCUGAGCCCAACGAUCGAGGACUCCUGGCAGAUGGGGGCAGCGAAAGUGCCGGAAGGCUUCACGUCGCGGGCGAUCAUCGCUCCUCUUCACGACCUCGUCAAGGGGGUUCAGACCGCAGCACCUGCUGGGUCAGACCAGGUUGAGAGCAGCAGCCCAGCACCUCUCGUUGCCUCUCAGCAGUCGCCACCUCCUCCGAGCGACUCCGGCGAGAGCUCCACCGUAACGCGCGAGGAGUUCAACGAGAUGGAGAAGCGACUGGAUAACUUAGAGGAUGCGAUCAAGCAGCGAUCGUCGCAGAUCUCUCAGCAGGAUGAACCUUCCUCUACCUCUCCUUCCUCAUCCUCCUCCGCUGCCUCUGAGACGGACGAGGCCAAGGCCAAGGAGCUCAAACGCCUUCUCGGUGAUCUUGGCAAGAUGGUCCAAGGAGGGGACAGCGCUUUCGAUCACAACGCAGUAGAAGAUUUCCUGGGGAAGGGGGAGGAGAGCAGCGGAGGAGGGGAGGAGAGCUCCGUCGCUCGCGCAGCUCAGAAACCUUUCGUUAUCGGGCAAGUAGCUCCCCAGCCAGUGCCAACUCAGAUGCCACCCAAGAACCUUGUCACGGGGCCAGGCUUCCGAAUCGACAGGAAUGGCAUGGAUUCUGUGGUGCCUCUUGCUAAUCCCUUCGAAGAAGGGGAGGGGGAUGGGGAUGGGGAGGAGCGCGGCAGGGAAGAGCCUCAAGAAGUCUCGCCGUCGCGGAACUACUGGGAGGAGCAGUAG